GGAGGAGCUUUAUACGUCGAGAGAGAAAGAGAGAGAGAAACAAACUGGAUCGCAGUGUGCGCAGGCGUAAUAUAUAUCAGCACGAGGCACGAGAUUAGUUCAUCAUUACUGAAUAAUGCUGCACUUACUCUUAAUCGCAGUUUGGGCAUGUCUCAUCGGUGUCAAGAGCUUCCCGCUGCCCGACUCUGGUCCACAUUUGGCAAAUGACUGGGGACAACCUGUCCGACACCGACAUCUGUACGCGGCAAGACGCGGUUUACAUCUGCAAAUACACACAGAUGGGAAAAUAACUGGAUCACACGUGCAAACUCUUCACAGUUUGCUUGAGAUUUGGCCGGUGGAUACGGGUUUUGUUGCCAUCAAAGGGGUUGCAAGCUCCAGAUUUCUCUGUAUGGAGAGGCAUGGAAAAUUGUAUGGAUCGCACAUCUACACGCAAGAGGAUUGCUCCUUUAUAGAAAGGGUUCUGCCAGACGGCUACAACAUCUACAUCUCGAGCAAACAUGGAGCCCUGGUGAAUUUGGGUGGUGGAAAAAACAACAAAGAUGGGACUUCUCUAUCCCAGUUCCUUCCCAUGCUGAACACACUACCGCAGGAACCUACCUCCGACCAUCAAUCAGGAGAACAGCGCUCUCCCAUUGACCCUGAACACGACCUUCAGUUAGGUCUUCAGAUCGACAGUAUGGACCCUUUUGGAAAGAUGUCUCAAAUAGUGAUCCAAAGUCCCAGUUUUAACAAAAGAUGAGCAGUCAACCAUCAUUUGUGGAUGUUCUGAGGAAGCGACCCGGAGCUGAAGGUCCGGGUUCUCGUGCAGAAACAAAGGACUGUGUGAGAUAAGUCCGGAGCACAGGGAAAGACUUUCAAAAGGACCUGCGAUGGUCAAUUCCACACACAGUGACGGAGAACAUGCAGAGGUGCUAUGGACUGCACACAAAAACAAAUCACUCCAAUUCUUGAGACUCUCAGUCUUAGUGGUGCAUUAACCAUUAAUUUGGGUUUAUUUAUUUAUUUUUCACUGUCUCUGUAAUGGCCCUUCUCUCUGUAUAGUGUAACUUUAACACUGUACAAUUUACUGUGCCCUAAUAUAUGCUUUCUAUGUCAUUAAUGAAAUAUCCAGUUAUUGUUUUUCUUCUACUGUAUAUAGGUAUGGUUUUAAUUGACCCACUG